AUGGAGGCCUUCAGAGUUGAUCCAGAGAUGGGAAAUGUUAGUGAAACAGAGCAGGCUGUGGUCCCCCGGGCGAGCAGGGACCACGCUGUGACCGGUGACCUCAGAGUGCUACACAACCUGCGGGCCUUUGAGGAGACCAGCCGGGUGACCUCCCCCUUUGACGGGGUGCAGACAGAAAUCCAGCCGUACAUGAGAAGGAUACUAGCUGUGUGGAUGUUUCAGGUGUGUGAGGAGCAGAAAUGCGAGGAGGAGGUGUUUCCGCAGGCGAUGCGUUACCUGGACUGUUACCUGAGCCGUUUUGCAGUUGAGAAGACCAACCUGCAGCUGUUAGGGGCAGUUUGCAUGUUCCUGGCCUCCAAAAUGAGAGAAACGACCCCCCUGACUGCCAGCAAGCUUUGUGUCUACACAGAAAACUCCAUUUCAGUCUCAGACAUUCUGCACUGGGAGCUGGCAGUGGUGUCAAGGUUAGAGUGGUGUCUGGCCUCCGUGGUCCCCUCUGACUUCCUGGAGCCAAUUCUUCACGCUCUCCCCUUUGUCCGACCUCCCCACCUUCAGAACAUGCGCAGGCAUGUUCACACCUACAUCGCUCUGGCUGCCAUGGGUACGUUGCAUAAUUGCGUUACCUAAACAUGAAAUGGUAUCCCCAAAUGAAAGACAAUAUC